AUGAACCUUGUUGAGCGCUACCAGCAUCACAGUUUGAUGCAAGAUGCGUUUCCAUACGUGCAACGACGUCAAGACAGUCUCUGCUUUUCAAGAUGGUUUGUAAAUCCCACAGAUGUCCGUCCAGAAUUUCAGAUAGCGAACUCCUGCUCUGCAAAACGUGAUGCUCUGGAUGGGACGCAUGACGGUCAACUAGACGCUUUAAUACCAGAGAUGGGACAGCGAAGGGUGUCAGGCCCGAAGAAAGAGCAGCGGAGGACUCAAAGCAUCAACACCGCGUUCGCUGAGCUGCGAGACUGCAUACCAAACGUUCCCGCAGACACAAAACUGUCCAAAAUCAAAACAUUAAGACUUGCAACAAGUUACAUAUCUUAUCUGACUGACGUGCUCGCCAAAGAACCCGGGGAAAUGGAAGCAUUCAAAGCUGAGAUAAAGAAAUGUGGCAGCAGAGGAUUUAAAAGGGAACGAGAAAUGAAUGAAGGUCAGCAAGAAUCAGGAAGCCCAAAGAGGGUUAAAGGAAGAACAGGAUGGCCCCAGCAAGUUUGGGCCUUGGAACUCAACCAAUGAAAAGUGUUUAGUUCAUGUUAAACCAGAAAACGACCCUCACUUGUCAGCCAAACUAUAAGGGACUUACGAAUGUGCUUGAUUCGUGUGUUUUGGACAUUCUGAAUAUGUGAUAUUUCUCUAAAAUGUUUAAGGCUACAAAGAGGGUCGGACUUGAAGUAUAGGCCUUUAACUUCUCACCACUCUGAUUCUGCGAGCAAAUGUCAACAUUCAGAUGGGCUACGCGGGUUUUAAAACAUGUUUGUAAUACCUCGUCGUGCAGGUCAGUAACAGGGCAUAUGUACAUGUAGUUUGCUGUUUAAUUAAUAUUAAUUUUGGCAAUGUUAAUUUUGUAAAUAUUAGAACGAUAUUUAUUCAACAGGCCUGUGUUUAUCAGGUCAUACAUACGUACUGAACCAGUCAGGGUGGGUUUCCUGAA